AUGCGUUUUCUGUGUCUCCACGGCAUGGGUGCGAACAGCCGGAUCUUCGAGAUGCAAACAGGUGCUAUACGUUACAGUCUUGGAAAUCGGCAUACGUAUGAGUUCAUCGAUGGGGCUGUGCCUGCCAAAAUGGCCCCUGGGAUCGAGUCCAUCGCCAGCCCCGACGACGAAUUUCUGCAGUAUGCCCUGGACGAACGCGAGAGCUCCCUCAAGGCUCUCUUUGACCUCGAGAGACUGGUGGACCAAGAGGGCCCAUUCGACGGCGUCAUGGCCUUCUCGCAAGGGGCGGGACUGGCUGCAUCGCUCAUAGUCCACAAGUCCCAGAAGGAUCCGCACGGACAGCGGCAAAAUCCAGUCUUUCGCUGCGCUGUCUUCUUCUGCGGAGGUGUGCCAGCGGACCCGUCAGCGUUAGUCCAGAACGGAAAGAUGCGGCUGCUGAACUUUGAAUCGGAUGGGGAGCUAAUCGAGAUUCCAACUGCCCAUAUCUGGGGUGCGUCCGACACGCUGUAUCCUACAUUUGGUCCUGUGUUGAGCAAGCUGUGCCGGCAGGAGCUGAGGUCAGUCUUUGUCCACAACGGUGGCCACGAGAUACCCGGGGCCAGGGAUCCCGAAGCCGUAUUGAAGGCGGCACAGGUCAUCAAGGCGGCUAUCGAGCGGGCAAACCUGCCGCAGUAG